CACAGGCAGUUGAGAAAGGUUUCUUGUUUUGGAUUUGAAGAAACUGUUCCUUUGAGUAAUUUUACUGGCUCUGGUUCAGUUUUACUUUACAAACCAAACCGAAUUAAUUUCAUCAGUGUUUUGAUCCAUCAGGCUAGUGCUGCAGCAAUGCAUCAGUUCAUUUCCAUGUUGUUUUCACUGCUAGUCAUUACUGGACUGCAGGUGAGUGAGUCCACAGGAACACGUUCUGAGCGAAGCAUCGACAGAAGUUACAGAUCAGAGCUGACUGUGCCGAAUGGAGGGAGAUGGGGGUCGUGGGGUCCGAGGGAAAUGUGUCCAACUGGAACGUAUGCUGUAGGAUUCAGUCUAAAGUGUUGUUGUUGUUGUGUUAAGGUGGAAUAUCGUACUCUAGGGGAUGACACUGCACUCAAUGGGAUUCGCCUAUUCUGCAUUGAUGCGUCUAAAGUCUCAAACUCUAUUCGUGACUACGCCUCAGUUCAGUCAAGUGUAGGCCGCUGGGGUGUGUGGACAGUUAUCAAAUGGUGUCGUCCUGGAUUGUUGACUGCUUUUAAACUGAAAGUCGAAAGGCCUCAAGGAGAUGGUGACGAUACGGCCGCAAACAACGUCUUGGUCCAAUGCAGUCAUGGGCCUUCUUUAGUGGGUGAAGGCACAAGCUGGGGUGAAUGGGACUACUGGAGUAAUACAUGUGAAGGAAAAGGGAUUUGUGGUAUCCAGACACGGGUAGAAGAGUCACAGGGAGGAGGAGACGACACCGCUCUCAAUGAUGUGCGCAUGUACUGCUGUGAUUAAGUUGUUAGAGGCCGACAGUAAGAAGAUCAGCUGGAUCAUAAUUGAUCAGCAUACUGUUAUGAGCUCACGUUAACCAUGUCCUAUAAAAGCCAGUCACACAAAGCCUGAGAUGUGAUCAGGACCUCAACACAGAGCAGAGGCCGACUGUACAUCUCACUUAUUGUGUCUUAUCAGUUCAUGCAUUUCACCAUCCUGAACUCCCAUGAAUUAUGUCCCAAUCUAUUAAAAUAGUAAUUUAACUUGAAA